ACAAAAUGGCCAGCAUCAACUCCAAGAUCCUCCGAUCCGCCAACGCCCCCCAGACCGCCCCCUCCGAGAUCGAGCAGCAGAUCGCCCAGGCCCUCAUCGACCUCGAGGCCAACGUCCCCGAGCUCAAGACUGAGCUCAGGCAGCUCGCCUUCUCCUCCGCCAAGGAGGUCGACGUCAAGGGCGGCAAGAAAGCCGUCGUUGUCUUCGUCCCCGUCCCCAUGGUCAAGGCCUUCCACAAGGUCCAGCAGAGGCUCACCCGUGAGCUCGAGAAGAAGCUCUCUGACAAGUACAUUGUCUUCCUCUCCCAGCGACGAGUCCUCCCCAAGCCCUCUCGAUCUUCCGCCUCUGCCCAGAAGCAGAAGCGACCUAGGUCCAGGACCCUUACCGCUGUCCACGAGAAGAUCCUCGAGGAGAUCGUCUUCCCCUCCGAGAUCGUUGGCAAGAGGACCAGGGUUGCCCAGGACGGUUCCAAGUUGAUCCGAGUGUGAGUACCAGCCGCACACGUGGCCGGGCUGUUAUUGACGAGUCUGCAGCUACCUCGACUCCAAGGACCAGAACAACCUCGAGUACAAGCUCGACACCUUCUCCUCUGUCUACCGAAACCUCGCUGGCAAGGACGUUGUCUUCGAGUGAGUCGUUAUCAUCCAGUCUGUUGCAUCCUGCUGACAAUUAACCAGGUUCCCCGUCGUUGCCCAGGAGUAGAUUGUUGUUGGCAGUUGAGCUGGCAUGCAUUUGUGACACUAGGGACUAUCUACCUUUGACCCGUUCCUUUGGGGCUCUUUGCGAUGAGAUUGUAUAAUAGACUGCAUCAUACUAGAUGUACCACUAAUCUCUC